AUGCCUCUCUGCCCCUAUGCCCCUGUGCCGGUGCCUCUUUGUCCCCAUGCUCGCAGCAACAUGGCAUCCAACCUCUUGGAUGCGCGCAUGAGCGAGUGGGCUCUGCCUCUCACGGGUCUCAAGGCACUCAAGCAGCUGUCAGUCCUCCUGCCUGCACACCCUGCUGCUGCAACAUUGCAUGCCCACCACACCAAGCCGCUUGCACAUUUGGUUGCGUAUUACUGUUCUCGUGAUUUCCCGCGUCCCACUUUUCUCGGGUGUGACCUCUUUCUCUCCGCCUCUGCCCUCCAGGUCUCUCAACUACAACUGGUUCUCUGGCCCUCUGCCCUCGUACCUCCUUACCAUGUCCACACUCUCAGCCCUCGUCCUCCCUCCAACUUCCUCCAUCCCCGUCCUCUUCUCCCCGGCCCCUCUUCCCCUCCCCCUUUCUCCAACAAUGUGCAAUUCAACUGCCUAGCUGGUCCCAUCACCGACACUCCCUCUGCCUCCCUCAAGUCCCUCAAUGUCGCCUCCAACCUCCUCAGAGGAACCUUUCCAGCAACUUCCGCCACCGCAUGUGAUGCUCGCAGCAACUGCCUAGCGGACUCCUCCAAGUGCCUCGCCUCUGGCUCCUCCUCCCAGAGGCUCUCCUCUGACUGCACCCUGUGCGGUGCUGGGUUUUCCGGUGCGGUGAUAUGCAAUAGAGGGGUGUGCACGCCUGACACUACCGGGCCAGUGGCAGCACUCGGACCUAAUAGUGCCUCAGAUGCCCUGCUGCCCAUGCAGUGCUCAGGAGUUCGCAUUGACGCCACAGCAGUAUCGGUGCUUGGGAGUCUCAAGGCGGCGCUGGGAGUGCCUUACUCUGACUGGGGAGUGAACUCCCUGUGCACGGUGGUCAUUGUUGUUUCCGGAGUCAGCAGCUUCUCCCCUGGCCCGAGGGACUUGGGAGGCGUGCUGUGCAGCCCGGCCGGGGCUGUGGUGGAGAUCAACCUCAACACGUGCCAGCUGGCUGGGUCCAUGCAUGCAGAUAUCUCCAAGCUCACUGCGCUCACUGAUCUGGUCUUCUACUCAAACUUAUUGGCUGGUCGCCUGGAUGCCUUCACAGCACCCUUCACUGCUCUCUCCAAGCUCGAGAACCUCACAUGCCGCUUCACCUACUUCUGCUGCGCCUCUUCCUUUGUGUAUCCUUCUGCCUCGCACUUCACUCAACCUCCCCAUUCCCCCCUCCCCCAACCUUCCUCCUACUCGCACUUCCUCCUCUCUCUCUAA